AUGUCAAAAGUUCAAGCAUCUGUCGUUAAAGUUCCAGACAGUGAACUCAUUGAAUUUCUUCAACGUUACAUUCGACGUAAGAGGAAAUAUUAUGCCAUCGUUGAAUUUAUACAGUCAGGAAUGCAAAAGACUUCUGAGGAGAUGGAAAGAAUUAUUGACAAACACCACUUACGUCAAUACUCAGGAGUUUACGAUAUGAAACGACUUACAAACUACAUUCUAUCAAAACUUUCAAAAUACCCCUUCAAAAAAUAUCCUUCAAACACUCUGCUCGUUUGUGACGACUUCGCCGGAAAAGGUUUAGUGUCAAAGCCUGACUCACCAUUAGCUAACAUCAUAACUAAAGUCAGACAUUACCACUUAACUGUAGCAAUACUUAUGCAAACAUGGAGGUUUUUAGCUUUAAACAUAAAACGUCUCAUAACUGACUUCGUUAUCUUUCAAGGUUUCUCACGCUAUGAUAUUGAACUCAUUUGGAAACAGUCAGGUAUAACAUUACCUUUUGAAGAAAUUUGGGAAGCAUAUAAGUCUCUCAUCUCUCCUCGUUCAUACCUUGAGAUUCAUAUCAUGACUAAUACCAUUAAAGUCAAAAAUAUUCCAUGGGAACGACCAACAUUGUUUUAA